UUUCGAUGUGAUGGCAGCAGCCACACGUCAGGCGGAGCAUACAGACAUUAAUGCUGUAGUACAUCCUGCUAGUUACGUAUGUCCCAAGCAUCAGCACCGGCAGCAGGAGGGGCUGUUUGCAGAGCGCGGCGCACGCUGUCUCCUGCCCCGUAGAUGCCGCACAUGCAAGCGGCCGCCUCCGUACACCCUGCACGGGGUUGAUACUGCGGCAUUCUGGAGGGGCCGGGGCGGCAGUCAGGGCACAUGCAGUAUCUGGAAGGCUACAGUAUGGCUGGCGUACCUGCCGGUAGUAAGUCGCCUCCGUCUGUGGACAUACACAGAUGCGGCUGCCCCCGCCCCCUGCCUGCAGAGGAGGAGCCCGGACACAUCCAGACCGGUGCUGUAUAAGCCAGCACGGGGCUCAGGGAUCAGGCCGCCUGUAUUGGGAAGUCAUGAUACUAUGACGUAUUGUUUAGACAAAUCAUCAGCAAUUGAUCCCAGUUUACCUAAGCUGCUGCUGCUCUUGGAGAAGUAUGUGCCAUUUAUCACACGCUCUGUUAUUUUAAGAUGGAGUACAACACAGACUUUUAGUGUUGUGGGGCAGAUGGACACUGGAAUCAGAUACCUGGAUCUUCGGAUAGGUCACAGACCUGAUGCUCCUUCUCCAGAUCUGCACUUUGUACAUGGGUUUUAUACAUCUGUGACUGUAGAGGAAACACUACAAGAGAUCUGUGACUGGUUACAGAGGAAUCCACAGGAGAUAAUCAUCCUAUCGUGUAACCUGCAGCCAAUGUCUCUAGUACAACAUACACAUCUAAUUAGCUGCAUUUACAGGAUAUUUGGAGCUAAAUUAUGCCCCAAGCAUGAACAGCCCACUCUGAGAAACAUGUGGAAACAAGGUUAUCAAGUCAUUGUUUCAUAUGGUAACCCUUUGGCUAUGAAAUAUGACUACCUGUGGUCAUCUAUCCCAUACUGGUGGGCAAACACUACUAAUAAAGGCUCAUUGAUCAACUUUCUGGAGAGUGAAAAGCACAAAGGACGACCAGCUGAAUUUUUUGUGGCUGGUCUGAAUUUAACAGAGAAUGCGUCUUACAUCUUAAUACACCCGUUUGGGUCGAUGAAAAGACUGACUUUACCUAAACUCCCAUUCCUGUAUAAGUGGGUGCAAAAACAGCAUCCUGGAGUAAGCAGAGACGCCAUCAACAUCAUUGCAGAAGAUCUGAUAGGAUCUGAUCACUUUGUUUCUGCUGUUAUUCAUCUUAAUGUGAAGUUGCUGUUGGAUAAGAACUGAUGAUCUUGUGAAAUAAUUGAAUUUAGUUAAUUGGUAUUUGAAGUUACUAAAAUUGUACAAAGAUUUGUGGUCCUAGCUUUUUCUUUUGUAUUUAUAAUAUAUAGUAUAUGUGUGUUAGAGGACAUUUCCAACACGUGUAUAUUAAAUCUUUAUUUUGUGUUGCACACCUGCCUGAUGCCAAGUAGGGGGCACCACAGACUAAAAGCCCUGUUUUUGGAAUUUUCUUACCUUUAUAUAACAGGACUAUGUAAAUGUGCGUGCAUGUCUAGCCCACAUUCAGCAAAGAACACUCAAUUUCACCACAUUCAAGUGCAAGUACGUCCAUUUGUGAAGAAAGCACAUAAUGCCAUGAGCUGGGAUUUGCACUGCCGAGACAAAUUUGAAUUUCUUUUGUAAAUAAUUCUCAUAGUUCCUUUGCUACUUUUUAUGGUAUAGCUUCACCUCCAGUGCACAACAACCACUCCUUUUUUUUUUUACUUUUUUUUAGUCUCAGCUUGAAAGUACCCUAUAGAAGAUGUCUUUAACAUUGGUACUUUCACCUUACAGUCUCUAUGAGUACUUAAACGUGUUUUGCCAAAGUACAUGUCCACAUGUUUAAAAUCUGAAUGUCUUCUACCUAUGUGGGAGUUUGGGUAAAAAUGUUUUUGUUAAUUUGGAAUCCAGGGGGCAAAUAAAAAUCUGAUCCUGCUGUUUAUAA